AUGAUACAUCUGAUUGGAAUGGAACGGAACAACAACCUUGAAUUUCGCCUAAAGUUGUUCCCGAACCCCUGCUCUGUCUCCAUUACGGAUUUAGAUUACCCUCCUCUCCUCUAUAACCUCUAUUUCUUCGUCCCUGCUUUUCUUCUCUUUCAAGAGGCAGGGCACCCUGAGGAAGCAAUCAACGUAAACGACGUCAUGUCUGGUACUGUGUCUCCCAAAACAGGUUCUUUCAAGCAAAAGGCACUGAAUGCCUCAAACAUGCUGAGGAAUUCUUUGACAAAAAAGGGUAGGCGAAGCAGCAAGGUCAUGUCUGUUGAAAUUGAGGAUGUCCACGAUGCUGAGGAGUUGAAAAUAGUUGAUGAGUUCCGUCAAGCUCUUAUUUUGGACGAACUUCUCCCCGCAAAACACGAUGAUUAUCACAUGAUGCUUAGAUUCCUGAAGGCCAGGAAGUUCGAUAUUGAGAAAACAAAGCAAAUGUGGUCUGACAUGCUCAAAUGGAGGAAGGAGUUUGGUGCUGACACUAUUGAGGAGGACUUUGAUUUCAAAGAAAUUGAUGAGGUCUUACAAUAUUAUCCCCAAGGACAUCAUGGAGUGGACAAAGAGGGAAGACCUGUGUAUAUAGAGAGAUUAGGCCAAGUCGACGCCGGGAAAAUGAUGCAAGUCACCACCAUGGAUCGCUAUAUCAAAUACCAUGUAAAGGAGUUUGAGAGGACAUUCGAUGUAAAGUUUGCAGCUUGUUCAAUUGCUGCAAAGAAGCACAUUGAUCAAAGUACAACUAUCCUGGAUGUGCAGGGAGUGGGGCUCAAAAGCUUCAACAAGCAUGCUAGGGAACUCGUUACUCGUCUUCAGAAGAUUGACGGUGACAACUAUCCAGAGACCUUGAACCGCAUGUUCAUCAUCAAUGCAGGCUCUGGAUUCAGAAUACUCUGGAACACCGUAAAAUCAUUCCUUGACCCUAAGACUACGGCAAAAAUCAAUGUUCUUGGCAACAAGUAUGACACCAAAUUGCUAGAAAUAAUUGAUGCAAGUGAGUUGCCUGACUUUUUGGGAGGUACUUGUACUUGUGCUGAUAAGGGAGGUUGUAUGCGCUCUGAUAAGGGCCCGUGGAAGGAUCCAGAAAUAUUGAAGAUGGUUCAGAGUGGCGCUCACAAAUGCUCAAAAAAAGGUGACUCACACGGCGAGGAGGAGAAAGCAAUUCCUGAGGAACCCGAGACUCCCAAGUCUGAGGCAACUCCCGCCCCCGUUGUUGAAGAGGUCCCUGCCACUUCACCCUCCAAGCCUGCGGUUGACACAACUUUGAAAAAUGCUGACGAGGAACCUACCAAGCCUAAGGACGUAUCCCCUGGGGUUGACUCAACUGCACCAGCAGCAGCAAUAUCAUCAACAGAGCUUGCGACUGUGAUGAAGCGCAUGGCUGAGUUGGAGAAUAAAAUGGUCACCAUUAACAAGCAGCCUGCUUCCAUGCCACCUGAGAAGGAGGAAAUGCUGAAUGCAACUAUGACUCGAGCUGAUGACUUGGAGAAGCAACUUUUGGAGACAAAGAAGGCUCUGGAAGAUUCACUUGUUCGACAAGAAGAACUUUCGGCUUACAUUGAGAAAAAGAAGAAGAAGAAGAAGAAAUUUGUAUCCAAGUUCUUCACUAUAAAUACCAUACCCCAUCAUAAUGCUCAACCAAUCCAGCUAGAAAACUCCUCUUCAACCACCCUUGUGCAAUUGUUGUUCAGGGAACUGCUCUUGAAAGGAACAACAAUGGUCAAUUCUGUAAACUUUCUCCUGCUUUUUUCUCUACUAACCUUGGCUCCCUUCUGUCACUGUAAAAAGAAAAAUGCAGGUUACCUUUACCCUCAAUUUUACGACGGUUCAUGCCCCAGAGCUGAAGAGAUUGUCCAAUCCGUUGUUGCCAAGGCUGUGUCCAAAGAACCCCGCAUGGCUGCUUCAUUGCUGAGGCUGCAUUUCCAUGAUUGUUUUGUCAAGGGGUGUGAUGCAUCAGUGUUGCUAGACAGCAGUGGAACUAUUAUCAGUGAAAAGAGGUCAAAUCCAAACCGAGAUUCAGCUCGAGGAUUUGAAGUUAUUGAUGAAAUUAAAUCCGCACUAGAGAAAGAAUGCCCACGUACAGUGUCAUGUGCUGACAUUUUGGCUCUAGCUGCUAGGGAUUCGACUGUUCUUACAGGUGGACCAAGCUGGGAAGUACCUUUGGGGAGAAGGGACUCUCUAGGUGCAAGCAUCAGUGGCUCAAAUAACAAUAUUCCUGCUCCCAACAACACAUUCCAGACCAUCCUAACUAAGUUCAAGCUUAAGGGACUUGACAUUGUUGAUCUAGUUGCUCUAUCCGGGAGCCACACUAUAGGAGAUUCCCGAUGCACCAGCUUCAGGCAGAGACUCUACAACCAAACUGGCAAUGGAAAAGCAGACUUCACUCUUGAUCAACAGUAUGCUGCUGAAUUGCGAACUCGGUGUCCAAGAUCUGGCGGGGACCAGAAUCUGUUUGUCCUAGACUUUGUUACCCCACUUAAAUUUGACAACUUGUAUUACAAUAACUUGUUGGCUAACAAGGGUCUGUUAAGUUCUGACGAAGUUCUCUUGACAAAGAAUCAAGAAUCUGCGGAUUUGGUGAGGAAGUAUGCAGAGAGAAACGACCUAUUCUUUCAACAAUUUGCCAAGUCCAUGGUUAAGAUGGGAAACAUUACUCCUCUAACAGGAUCCAGGGGAGAGAUCAGAAAAAACUGCAGAAAAAUUAACAAGUGA